AUGGCUCUCGAGACGAUGCAUACGUCGAUAAUGGAGGAACCGGAAAGCCCGAACGAGCCCCGCCCCUCCAUCUCGCACGUCCGUAGUAUGGACUCCGACGUGAUCAAGCAAAUCCGCGACGCCUCCCUCUCCCCGAGCCCCAUCGCCCAGUUCCUCGCGGACCCCGACGUCGCCGCCAUCCUCUCCCGGCCGAAGAAAUCCCGGCGCGCCUCCACCAACUCCCUCCGCGAGCGCGUCUCCUCGCCCAAGAAGCAGCGCGAGCGCGACCACGACGACGCGAACUCGAUUAUCACGCUCGUGCUGGCGGAGGAGGAGAAGUCGACGCACCGGCUGAAGACGAUGCUGCGCAGCACGACGGACCGGCUCGAGCACGAGCUGCGCAGGGCCGACCAGGCGGAGGCGCGCGCGCAGGCGGCAGAGCGGCGCGCGGGCGCCGCGCUGGGGAAGGUUGCGCUCGCCGACGCCGCGCGCGUGCAGGCCGAGGCGGACGCGAGCCACGCGAAGGACGAGAAGGCCAGGGUGCAGCUGUUGUUAGAGGUGGCCCAGAGAGACUUGCAGCGCGCGCAGGAGGCGAAUCGGAAAAUGGAAGAGCAGAAGCGCGAGGCGGAGCGCGCGGCGGAGAAGGCGGAGGAGAAGGCGCGGCGGUACCAGAUGCUCCUGCGGGAGGCGGAGACGGACGGGAAGGAGAAGGAUGCGUCGAGGCAGGUUGCGGCGACGAGGGGGUUCAACGAUGGGCGGAAGAUGGGGUACGACGAGGGGUAUGAGGAGGGGUUCAUUGCGGGGAGGGACGAGGGGUACGAGGAGGGGCACAUCGCGGGGUUCCAGCAGGGCCGGUUCGAGGGGUACGAGGAGGGCCGGUCGGUCGGCCGGGAGGAGGGUUUCGAGGACGGCCGGGAUGAGGGCAAGAGAGAGGAGCGCGAGCAAGCCAUGAUGGCGCUCAACACGUUCGUGGACGAAGUCGACGGCCGGGGCAGCGCGCGCUACGAGAGGACGCAGGAGUGGACAUCGGUCGCCGGCCCCACGGCCUAUUUGGCUGCACCGACGACUCAAUACCGAUCCCGUCGUAUCUGCGAGGGCGUGAAGGAUCUCCUCGAGGGGGCUUCCGUCAUGUCUGGUCCCUGA